ACACCGGCCUGUGACAAGAAGACUGGAGCAUGCCCAACUGGAGGUGAUCCCCUGUGCAUGGCAGGGUACGAAGGCGACAACUGUAAUCAAGAGUGUUCUGGUAGGUACGGCCCUGACUGUAACACCGAAUGUGGACAUUGUUACGAAGGUCCGAUAUGCAACAGGUUCAACGGAACAUGUCCGACUGGAGGUUCUCACGUGUGUGCGGCAGGGUACCAUGGAGACAACUGUGAUCAAGAGUGCCCAGACGGCAUGUACGGACCUGACUGCACCCAAACCUGUGAACACCAUUACUGUGCAAAUGGAUCAACUACCUGUGACAAGAAGACCGGGUUCUGUACGGGGGGAUGUCAUGACUUAUGGACUGGAGAUUCGUGUCAAAACCGCGCAGCGACUGUCACGUACAGCGCCCUCUUCAUCAGGGAGGAAGGUCGCUUCUUCGGUGAUUCUGGCAAUCAUAUAACAGCGUACGACAACAUAGACGCCGAGGAGUGUGCCCGCCGCUGUCUGCAAGGUUACGACAGUUACGACGGCGUCAACCCGACAUGUCUGUCCUUCAACCAUCGCCCCGCGGGGUCACCAGAGGGCGGCAGUGCACGGUGUUGGCUCCGGAGUAGUGACAAGGACACGGCGGCGUCUCCUGGUUCUGAGUGGGAGAGUUGGCAUUACCGAAAUUACUACCAACGGAAACUAAUCCUGGCACCCCAAGACUGUGCUGACAUGUUCGGCCUUGGGAUUCAGUACAGUCAUGUUUGGAAUUUGGGUCACGCUCAACCGUUCCAAGCCUACUGUGACAUGGACACUGACGGCGGCGGGUGGACGGUCAUACAGCGGCGCCAGGACGGGUCCGUGCCGUUUGACAAGACUUGGACUGAGUACGAGCAGGGCUUCGGCAAUACUAGUGGAGAAUACUGGCUGGGUUUGGGGAACAUCCACAGUCUGACUGAACAGAAACAAAACGAACUGUACGUGUACUUGGAAGACUGGGAAAUGAACAGCCGGUUUGCGCGGUACAGCAUGUUUUCUGUAGGAAAUGCCAGCAGCAAGUACACGACAACGAUCGGCGGGUACAGCGGGGAUGCUACUGAUAGUUUGGACCCGUCCGAUACACGUCACAGCAUCAACAACAGAAGGUUUUCUACAACAGACCAGGAUAACGACGGUAUCAGUACCAACUGUGCUGUUACAUUCGGUCAAGGAGGCUGGUGGUACACUGAAAGUUGUGGCCUGGCCAUGUUGAACGGACAGUAUCUGACCGGCUGUUCAGUACCUGUUCCAGGUACCUGCUCCAGUGCAAAUGGAAUCGUCUGGCACAGUUGGAGGGGUUACAAAUAUUCCUUGAAGAAAACAGUCAUGAUGGUGAGGCCUGCCAAUUUUUCAGUCUCAUCUUCCAAACCAUGUCAGAAUGGUGGAAAUCUCACAUCGGGGCCUGUACAGUCAGGACUAUAUGUCUGCGCAUGUGCGCCGGGAUGGAACGGACCGUUUUGUGAACAAGUCUGUAUGCAGGGUGAGUUCGGGCCCGGCUGUACAGGCACCUGUCACUGUGCCAGUGGAGGUUCUGUGUGUGACAUCCGGACUGGAGUCUGCUCUAGUGGAGGGUGUGAAGCUGGGUGGAAGGAAGAAGACUGUCAGACAGCCUGCUCGCCGGGUGAGUUCGGGCCCAACUGUACCGGAACCUGUAACUGUGCCAGUGGACAUUCUGUGUGUAACAUCCGGACUGGAGUCUGCUCUAGUGGAGGGUGUGAGGCUGGGUGGAAAGGAAGCAGCUGUCAGAUAGCCUGCUCGCCGGGUGAGUUCGGGCCCAACUGUACCGGAACCUGUAACUGUGCGAGCGGAGAUUCUGUGUGUAACAUCCGGACUGGAGUCUGCUCUAGUGGAGGGUGUGAGGCUGGGUGGAAAGGAAGCAGCUGUCAGAUAGCCUGCUCGCCGGGUAAGUUCGGGCCCAACUGUACCGGAACCUGUAACUGUGCGAGCGGAGAUUCUGUGUGUGACAUCCGGACUGGAGUCUGCUCUAGUGGAGGUUGUGAGGCCGGGUGGAAGGGAAGCAGCUCAUGCCCACCGGGUGAGUUCGGUUCCGGCUGUACCGGCACUUGUCACUGUGCGAGCGGAGAUUCCGUGUGUGACAUCCGGACUGGAGUCUGCUCUAGUGGAGGGUGUGAGGCCGGGUGGAAGGGAAGCAGCUGUCAGAUAGCAUGCUCACUGGGUGAGUUCGGACCCGACUGUACCGGUACCUGUCGCUGUGCCAGUGGAGAUUCCGUGUGUAACGACGUGACUGGAGUCUGCUCUAGUGGAGGAUGUCAGCCCGGGUGGAAAGGAAACAACUGUCAGACAGUGUGCUCGCCAGGUGAGUUUGGACCCGACUGUACCGGCACCUGUCGCUGUGCCAGUGGAGAUUCCGUGUGUAACGACGUGACUGGAGACUGCUCUAGUGGAGGGUGUGAGGCUGGGUGGAAGGGAAGCAACUGUCAGACAGUGUGCUCACUGGGUGAGUUCGGGCCCGACUGUACCCGCACCUGUCGCUGUGCCAGCGGACCUUCCGUGUGUAACGACGUGACUGGAAUCUGUUCUAGUGGAGGGUGUGAGGCCGGGUGGAAAGGAAGUAAUUGUCAGACAGAAUGUCCAGACGGCAUGUACGGACCUGACUGCACCCAAACCUGUCACUGUGCAGACGGACCAGCUGCCUGUGACAAGGCGACUGGAGCCUGUACUGGGGUUUGUGUGGACUUCUGGACUGGAGACUCAUGUGAAAUCCGCACAGCGACUGUCUCGUACGAGCAUCUUUUCACCAAGGAGGAAGGUCGCUUCUUCGGACAUUCUCCUGAUAGCAUAGCAGCGUACAACGACGUAGACGCCGAGGAGUGUGCCCGCCGCUGUCUGAAAGGUUACGGCAGUUACGACGGCGUCACCCCGACAUGUCUGUCCUUCAACCAUCGCCCCGCGGGGUCACCAGAGGGCGGCAGUGCACGGUGUUGGCUGAGCAGUAGUGACAAGAACACAUCGGCGUCUCCUGGUCCGGAGUGGGACAGUUGGCCUUAUAGAAACUACUACCAACGGAAACACAUCUUGGCGCCCCAAGACUGUACUGACGUGUUCGCCCUUGGGAUUCAGUACAGCCAUGUGUACUUUAUGGGCCACCCCCAACCGUUCCAAACCUACUGUGACAUGGAAACUGAUGGCGGCGGGUGGACGGUCAUACAGCGGCGUCAGGACGGGUCCGUGCCGUUUGACAGGACCUGGACUGAGUACGAGCAGGACUUCGGCAGUCCUAGUGGAGAAUACUGGCUGGGAUUGGGCAACAUCCACAGUCUGACAACACAGAAACAAAACGAACUGUACGUGUACUUGGAAGACUGGGAAACGAACAGCCGGUUUGCGCGGUACAGCAUGUUUUCUGUAGGAGAUGCCAGCAGCAAGUACACGGCAACGAUCGACGGGUACAGCGGGGAUGCUACUGAUAGUCUGGACCCGUCCACUACACGUCACAGCAUCAACAACAGACAAUUUUCUACAACAGACCGGAAUAAUGCUGGUGCCACUGUCAACUGUGCGGUUACAUUCGGGCAAGGAGGCUGGUGGUACACACCAAGUUGUGGAUACGGCAUGUUGAACGGACAGUAUCUGACCGGCUGUUCAGUACCUGCCCCACCCUCUUGCUCUACUGCAGAUGGAAUCGUCUGGUACACUUGGUUGGGUUACGAAUAUUCCUUGAAGAAAUCAGUCAUGAUGAUCAGGCCUGCCGACUUUCCAGCGUCAUCAUUCAAACCGUGCCAGAAUGGGGGGACCCUGAAAUCAGGACCGGAAGAUUCCGGACUGUACAUCUGCGCAUGUGCUGACGGUUAUUACGGCCGUUACUGUGGGGAAAGGUGUGGAAACUGUAUGGCAGGGACAGUCUGUGAGAAAACGGACGGCAGGUGUCCAGGAUGUGAGGACCCUUGGGCCGGAGACACCUGUAAAAUGAUACCUGCAACAGUGUCACACGAUCCGGACAGCCUCACAGUAGUUGUUGAUGAUGAAGUAACGUUCAACUGUACCGGUCGCGGUGUUCCGGCCCCUACCGUCACCUGGCAUCACGAUGCCGAAGUCAUCACACCUGGAGCCGGGAUCAGUAUAGUCGAUACAGACGGAGGUCUGGUGGGAGAACAAAAUGUGACAAACAGCACCUUAACCAUAACGUCAGCACGUCGACAAGAUAACGGACAGUACGUCUGUAUCUCGUCUAACGUGGCGGGGAACGAAACGUCACAAGCAGCUACACUUGAGGUGCAAGAACGUCCUGAUGACGUUACAGUGAACGUCACCGCAGUAAACUCCACAGCCCUGCACGUCACGUGGGCAGUAGGAGUAACCGGUAACCUCGACAUCAUCGACUCCCAGGUACGCUACAAACGGAGCGGCACGGAGGACUGGGCAGACUGGGCGUCAACUGGAGUUUCCGAUGUGAACGGCGAGGUCUACAUCAUUGACUUACGUCCGGCUGUCGAGUAUGAUGUUGAGGUGCGGGCAAACAACUUCCUGGGAUGGAGCACUCCUGGCAAUGGGAUGGGAACAACAGACGACGCACCUCCGAGUCCUCCUCACAACUUGCAAGCCUCACCAAACUCCCACAACUUGGUCAACCUGACGUGGGAACCUCCGAUGGAACCCAACGGUGAGAUCCUCAGCUACACAGUCCAAUACGGACCGUCCGAGUCGUGCAGUGAAGCUUCAUUUCCCCAUCAAGUUACCACGUCAGACGGCAGCACCACUACCGUUAUCGGAGACCUGGUUCCGUACACAAACUACACAUUCCGGGUGCGGGGGGCAACAAGUGCAGGAGGAGGAGACUUCAGCAACUGUAGCAUCACAAGGACACUGGAAUAUUACCCAACAGCCCCAGUUGUCCAGACGUUUGCAGACCAGCACGACUGUAACUGCCGGACGCCAAACCUCCCCCGGCCGGUCCAGCUGCGUGUAGCCUGGCGGCGCCCUGACCACAUCCACGGUCAGCUGCAGGCGUACCGAAUCAGCCUGUACAACAGGACCGGCGGGGAACCGUUCUACCAGGAGAACAUGACGUCAGGACUGCAGCAGGAGAACCUGACAGCUGUGAUUACAUCGUCACUCCUGCAGCCUGCCAACAACUACUCUGUCACUGUAUCAGCCAUUAACACCUUUUACCAUGGGAGCGAGAGCCAUCCAUAUAUGGUCCGUACGAGUGACGGAUGCCCAGAUGCCCCAACUGUGACAGAAUUGGCAAACAGUGAAUGUGGAGUAAACUGGACAGCUCCUACAGUAACCAAGGGAAGGCUGACAGGGUACAAUGUCACAUAUGUAGACACGCCACUUCAUAACCCGGACGAGUCUGAACCAGGCAUCAGCCGUGACCCGUUAGGUUUGGAUGAACAUGAGUGGUCCAAGUCACUGGCUGAGCUUCGCGCCAACUCCUUGGUCCGAGUCACGGUCCGGGCGGUAACCUGUGCCGAGGGAGACAAGGGGGAGGAGUUCACUUGUCAAGUAUCAAGAGUUGAACCACCGCCGCCUAUAGAACUCCCUACCGGCCCGCUCCCUACCGGCCCACCCCCGACAACAUCUUUUCCCAUGCUCCUUCCAAAAGUGAGCGAGAGGAAUGGUCCAGUACGUUGUUGCCAAAUCAUCGUCAUCAUAAUGAGAGAAAAAGAGAGUCUUGCUGACCUGAAAAUAAGAGUUGGAGAACCAGACGUCAUGCUUACAGAUGAAGCCCCUGAUGGCGGGAAAACUGAACCUUACGUGGCGUUAUCACUCUCAUCAGAGGAUUACAAGAGAACCGAUGUAGUGGAGAUUGGUGUUGGGGGACCCUGUGGUGACGAUCGCGAGUGGUGCUGUAAGCGGAGUGAACUCGCCGAUCCCAGUCUCGCAAAGACUCCCGGCAAUAAGAAGCUACAGUCAGGCAGCAAGUACACAGCAGCAGUACGGUGUUACGUGGACUCUGGAGCCAAGAGACGCAAGCGGAACACGGACACAGAAAAGUUAUUCACUACAAGUGGAUACAUAGAUCCUGUGGAAACUGUAGUUGAAGUUGUGGAAAACGUUUUCGCCCCCAUGGUUGCUGGAGUGGCAGUCGGCGUCUGUCUGGUCGGUCUGGUCGCAGUGUCCCUCUACUUCUACAGGUAA